CCUCUCGAGCUCAGACAUCAACAAGCGGGUUACGGAUGCGGGUUGGUUUUCUUCAUCACCUCCUCAAGGAUUAUUAUUAUUAUUGUCCCACCAGCGUCGAGAAAGUCCUCAAGCAAGAUGUUUGGCUUUCACAAGCCCAAAAUGUACCGGAGUUUGGACGGAUGCUGCAUCUGCCGUGCAAAGUCGUCCAGCUCUCGUUUCACAGACAGCAAGAGGUACGAGAAGGACUUCAGGAGCUGCUUCGGGUUGAGCGAGACACGUUCCGGAGAGAUCUGUAAUGCCUGCGUGCUCCUUGUGAAGCGGUGGAAAAAGCUUCCUGUGGGAACCAAGAAAAACUGGAACCAUGUUGUUGACGCCAGAGGAGGCCCCAGCCUGAAGAUCACCUCCAGACCCAAGAAGAUCAAGUCCAUCUCUAAGAAGGCCCGGCCGAGCCAGAUCAACAGGCUGCAGAAAGAUCUCAAAAGAAACAAUUCAGACGCCCACAGCACGACCUCCAGCGCCUCUCCUGCUCAGUCUCCCAGCUACAGCAACCUGUCGGACGACGGCUCGGACACCGAGCUGAGCCCGGGUUCCAGCCGCUCCCCGGUUUUCUCCUUCCUGGACCUGACCUACUGGAAGAGGCAGAAGGUUUGCUGCGGAAUAAUCUACAAGGGUCGCUUCGGGGAGGUGCUGAUCGACCCCCAUUUGUUCAAACCGUGCUGCCGCAACAAACAGCGUCAGCAGCAGCAGCAGCAGCCGCCGCAACACGAGGAAGAGGAGGACGAGGACGAGGAAGACGAGGAGGAAGAGGUUGAGGUAGAGGAAGGCCAAGUGGGGGUGGAAAAACCCCAGCUGGAAGAGGAAGCGAAGGAGGGUGAGGAGAAUGCGGAGCUGUGCGUCACCGUGACAACGCCUCCAGUCGGGAGCGGGGGGGAUGGC